GGUUCCGCGUCGAACAAGCUCCAGCGAAUUAAACAAGUCUCGAAAUUCCAUUUAAAACGGAUAUUUAACGAUCUUCACAGACGCACACUCUCCAUUAAGCACUAUGCAGCCCAGUUGUGUGUUAGUGGUCGUCUUGGCCAGCGCAGCGCUUGUGGCCGCUCGCCCGGAGCCGCCGCGUGACACGUACAGCGCCCCGCCGUCGAGCAGCUAUCAGCCGAGCGGUCCCAGCGGCGGCUACGGCGCACCCGCCCCACAAUAUGGUCCGCCACAGCAGCCGCCGGUGGUGCACAAGCAUGUCUAUGUCCAUGUGCCCCCACCAGAGCCAGAGUACCAGGCGCCCAGAAAACCUCUGUAUGUGCCGCCGCCGCAGAAGCAUUACAAGAUCGUGUUCAUCAAGGCGCCGUCGCCGCCAGCACCGACUGCCCCGAUCAUUCCGCAGUUCCCGCAGAACGAGGAGAAGACAUUGGUCUAUGUGCUAGUCAAGAAGCCCGAGGAGCAGCCAGAUAUUGUUAUACCGACGCCGGCGCCCACGCAGCCCAGCAAGCCCGAGGUCUACUUUAUUCGCUACAAGACCCAGAAGGAGGAGACCGGUCCCUAUCCGAACAGUAUUGCCCCGCCCUCGGAAUAUGGUGCGCCCGCCGCACCGCCAGCCCCCUCGGCGCCCAGCAGCUCCUAUGGCGCACCCUCUCACUAGAUGCAGUUCAUCCAGCAACCAAUCCAAUCUCAUGGUUAUAUUCCCUCACUUUCUGGUUUUUUGUUUUUUUUACGCAAAAAAAAAAAAUGUCAAAAAAAAAAUCAACUUAACGUGUGACAAAGUUUACGAUCAACGAACAUGCCCAUUUAUCAUAUACCCUGUACCCCUCGUCAUUGUUGUUGUUUCUUAUGGAAUUUUUACCUCUAAACAUUCUCCGCAUAGGCUGUUUGUUUCAAAUUGUUUGCCUAAUCUUAAGUGUAUACAUAGUUCUUUAAGCACAUGCGUUAUAUAUACGACGAAUAUCUUCACACUUUCGACUAGCCUUAACUACAAGAUACAUACGAUAUAUACACGAUAUAUAUACGAUAUAUACACGAUAUACAUACGAUAUGCAUGCAUUUUGACUAGGCAAAUAUUGUCUACAAAUAUUUCAGUAAAUUGUUGUUGUUGAGCCCGAAGAAGAUAAUGCGAAAACGAAAAAAAAAAAACGAAUGAUACUCAAAUUUAUUAUUGCAUAUGUAAAAAAGUAUGGAAAAA